AUGAGUGGAAGGAGGAAGACCAAAGUCAAAGAGGCAGAGGCCAAGAAAGAGUUACAGAAGAAAAGACAAAAGGAAGUGGAGACGGAGAUGCUGAGUGAGAGAGGCCCCUGUUGCAUUUGCAGUAGGGCAAGCAGAAUCCAGGUCCUUAGGAAGGGAAAGGGUGGGGGAAAAAAACAGUCAGCGUGCUCCAGAAGACAGUACCAAUUUAGUCCUCAGCCUUCACCUCACUCAUCCCUGGAAGCAGUCCAGGGAGGAACUAGAACCACAGCUAGAUGGACAGAGAAGACAUCAGGAGGACCAGUCAGAUGGCCAGGAGAUAGCACAGCAGGUGACAGGUGCCAGCCUUGUGGGGAUAGAGGGUGUGAGCAGAGGGCCCUGGACAAGAGUCUCAGAUGCACAACCCUGUUUCCUGGUCCCCCAGAAUGCUUGGGAGCUGAGGGCAGACUGGCUCACAAGCUGUUCCGUGACCUCUUCGCCAACUACACAAGUGCCCUGAGACCUGUGGCAGACACAGACCAGGCUCUGAACGUGACCCUGGAGGUGACAUUGUCCCAGAUCAUUGAUAUGGAUGAGCGGAACCAGGUGCUGACCCUGUACCUGUGGAUUCGACAGGAGUGGACAGAUGCCUACCUACGAUGGGACCCCGAUGCCUAUGGUGGCCUGGAUGCUAUCCGCAUCCCCAGCAGUCUCGUGUGGCGUCCAGACAUCGUACUCUAUAACAAGGCUGACGCACAGCCGCCGGCCUCGGCCAGCACCAACGUGGUUCUGCGGCACGACGGCGCCGUGCGCUGGGACGCGCCGGCCAUCACGCGCAGCUCAUGCCGCGUGGACGUGUCGGCCUUCCCGUUCGACGCGCAGCGCUGCGGCCUGACGUUCGGCUCGUGGACGCACGGCGGGCACCAGCUGGACGUGCGGCCGCGCGGUACCGCAGCCAGCCUGGCCGACUUCGUGGAGAACGUGGAGUGGCACGUGCUGGGCAUGCCGGCACGGCGGCGCGUGCUCACCUACGGCUGCUGCUCAGAGCCCUACCCGGACGUGACCUUCACGCUGCUGCUGCGCCGCCGCGCCGCCGCCUACGUGUGCAACCUGCUGCUGCCCUGCGUGCUCAUCUCGCUGCUCGCGCCGCUCGCCUUCCACCUGCCCGCCGACUCGGGCGAGAAGGUGUCGCUCGGCGUCACCGUGCUGCUGGCGCUCACCGUCUUCCAGCUGCUCCUGGCCGAGAGCAUGCCACCGGCCGAGAGCGUGCCGCUCAUCGGGAAGUACUACAUGGCCACCAUGACCAUGGUCACAUUCUCCACAGCGCUCACCAUCCUUAUCAUGAACCUGCAUUACUGUGGUCCCAGUGCCCGACCAGUGCCAGCCUGGGCUCGGGCCCUCCUCCUGGGACGCCUGGCACGGGGCUUGUGCGUGCGGGAACGAGGGGAGCCCUGUGGGCAGUCUAGACCACCUGAGUCACCCCCCAGUCCCCAGCCUUCUGAUGAAGGGGUUCACCCUCCAGCAGUUCCUUGCCAUGAGCCACGGUGUCUGUGCCAUCAAGAAGCCUUGCUGCAUCACGUAGCUACCAUUGCUAACACCUUCCACAGCCACCGGGCUGCCCAGCGCCGCCAUGAGGACUGGAAGCGGCUGGCCCGUGUGAUGGAUCGCUUCUUCCUGGGGAUCUUCUUCUCCAUGGCCCUGGUCAUGAGCCUCCUGGUGCUGGUGCAGGCCCUGUGAGUCCCAGGGGUCUGAUGCAGCCACAGCACCCCCAGACAGAGAUGGAAAGGCCAGGUGGUUGUUGGCUCUCAGGCCACCCAGUCUCUCCCCACUGUGCCUAAGAGCCUGGGACACCCUUUCUUCAGGAUCAGCACUGCCGAUUUCACAAACCACAGGGAUCGCUUGUCUACAUACCUUAACCACUAAGGGAAAUCCAGAGUUUGCCACUCCCUUAAUCCCUAUGGAAGAGAAACUCUAAGAAGGGUCAAAAUCAAAAUGCAGUCCUGGAGGAACAGAAUUGAACUUUGAUGCUGAGUGUUAGAAAUGUUAGAGUGGCAAGGGUGCAGGUUAUAUGAGAAACAGAACUACCAUGUUUCUUUGUCUUCUCUUACUUCCUUGGUGGCUAUUAUUUUAGGAACUUGGUCUUGCCAGUCCCUGCCUAGGACUCAGGGUAAAGGAUUCAGGAUUCUAGUUUCCAGAGCAGGAGGCCACACCAGAAUUUUGGCCCCAAAGCCCCAACUCAUAAUAAAGUAAGUGUGUGCCUAGCACCUCUUCAGUGUCCUGUCUUAACCGUUGGGACCCGUGGUAGUGGAAGUUGGGGAUCCAGGAUUGUCUCUCUAGAGACGGGAACCUUAGGACACAUAGAUCAGAGCAGAAAUUAUAUGUCUUUGCUGACAAGAAUUCAAUUGCGCAUUCAGUUGAGACCCUGGCAGAGAACCUAAUGCUGUCUCUGCUAUUUCUCCUGCUCUCUACUGUCUG